AUGGCGGCAGGGCUGCCUCAGUCCCGCUGUGGGCUCUUCCAACAGCUGCUCUUCUCCCUCUGGAUUCUGCAGGGUGGCCUCCAAACCAGCGUCUCUGGAGUGAAAGUGACCCAGCACCCACCACUGACCAACAAACCAGAGGGCGAAACUGUGGAGUUGAGCUGCAACGUUGAUGUAGACAACUAUCAGUUCUACUGGUACCACCAACGCCCUGGACACACAAACCUAAAGCAACUUGGGGUUAUCAAACCAUUUACGAUUAGUGAGGGGGACACAUUGGAGGAGAAACCAGGUGGCGAAAUAGAUAGUCGUCUGAGUGGCAAACGAGACGGCAGAACAGCAAAUUUGAGUCUCAAAGGCCUCCAGCUUAAUGACACAGGGCUGUAUCUCUGUGCUUCAAAGGACACAGUGACUGUGGCAGCCCCAGGAGCUGUCACAAAACUGACUACCAAACAACAGCACGUCUCUCAACGUGCUGCUGAGAAACACAUCCUCUCUGUGUAUGAGGGGAUGCCAUUAAGGCAUGUUGUGUCCUGGGGGCCCACUGUCCAGCUCUUUACCAGCAACCCUGGAGUGAAAGUGACCCAACACCCACCAAUGGUCAGCAAACGGCAGGGUGAGACCCUGGAGCUGAGCUGUGGCGUCAACCAAGCAAACUGGUUUUUCUAUUGGUACCGCCAGCAACCUGGAGAGCCAAAGCUACAAUACUUUGGGACUUUCAGCACCUAUGGUAGUGAUUUAAAGGCCGACACAAAAAGUAGCCUCGAUAGUCGGCUGAGUGGCAAACGGAAAGACAAUGAAACAACUUUGUACUUAAAAGACCUCCAGCUUAACGACACAGGGCUGUAUCUCUGUGCUUCAAAGGACACAGUGACUGUAGCAGCCUCAGGAGCUGUCACAAAACUGACUACCAAACAAUAUUACACUUCUUCGUGUGCUGCUAAGAAACAUGUCCUCUCUAUAAAUUAG